AUGGAUACUGCUACCGUCAAAACUCGUCUCCCAAUCCUAUCAGACACACAUGGCACGGACUUCAACCCUGCCGAAAAACCUCUUCCCCGCGCUGACAUCGAUGCGCCCUUGAAGCUUGCCAUCUCCGCCAACCACGAUUUCACACUGGGCGACGUCGCUUUUCGGAACAAGGUCGCCGAAGCAACACCGCCUCUCGAUCUGAAGCUCGUUGAGAAGGAAUAUGGCGCGAUCGAAGGGGCAAGGCGGCUGUGGGAAGAUGCCAAAGACAUAGGUAUCAUUCUCCUGGACGAAGGCACCCAUCACUUCACUCUCCAAAACGGGGCGCAUCUGACCGUGUAUGCCAGCCCUUACACCCCGUCGUUAGGUGCGUGCGGAUUUCAAUACCACCCAGACCGUGGUCACAACUUCGCUAUCCAGGAAGGCGUUGACGUGGUCAUCACCCAUGGGCCACCGAAGGGCAUCAUGGACUAUACUCACGGCCGAGAAAGAGCUGGGUGCGCCGAUCUGUUCGCCGCUCUGUUCGCCGCUGUUGCCCAAGCCCGGCCACGGGUACACUGCUUCGGCCAUAUCCACGAAGGCUGGGGUGCGUGGUUGGUGACCUGGCGAGUUUACGCACGGCGACCGACAGACUCAUUUCACCGCGAUCGAAAAUAA